GACUGAAAACGGAGUGAAAUCACUUCUCAGAGUUAAAAGACUAUUAAGAAGUCAAGAUGGGGACUCCUGGUUCUGGAAGGAAAAGAACACCUGUGAAAGACCGAUUUUCUGCAGAAGACGAGGCAUUGAGUCACAUUGCGAGAGAGGCAGAGGCAAGGCUAGCAGCAAAACGGGCCGCCCGGGCAGAAGCAAGAGACAUACGCAUGAGAGAACUGGAACGCCAACAAAAAGAGCACUCUCAUCGUUUCUGUGAUCAGAAGUGGGGACAAAUUCAGAAGUGGCUGGAGGAUUCCGAAAGGGCCAGGUAUUCCCACCGGUCCAGUCAUCGUCGUCCUUAUCUGGGAGUUGAGGAUGCAAUGUGCACUCGAAGUCUUGGCAGUCACAGGUAUGACGCUGUCAAGGAUAGAUCCCCAAGGCUUUCAUCGUUAAGUUGUUCCCACAGUCACUCUCACAGCGUGAAGAAGAGGUCUUCUGGCUCUCGUAGAGAUCCGCUGAGUGGACUCUACUUCGACCAGAGAAACUAUAGCAGUCUUAGACAUAGCAAACCCACCUCUGCCUGCUACACUCGGCAGUGCUCUUCACUGUACAGUGACCCCCUGGCAACGUCUAAGAGUCGCAGGGCCUCCCCUAUAGCCAGUCCUGGUCUGCUGAGAAGUGCCAGUCUGGCAUCACUGCACGAUGGUGGAUUAUAUAACCCUUAUAGUUCUCGAACUCCAUCGGAAUACAGUUACUGCUCAUCAAGACUGAGUCUACCCCGGAACAGCCCUGUGUUUGCCGCCGACGACGCUGAGAGCAUUGCGUCUUCUGGUCGUGCCAGCUGUGGCCGAAGAGGGAGUGUGGUUUCUGCUGCUGAUUAUUUUAGUCGCUCCAAUCGUAGGGGGAGUGUUGUCUCAGAGGUGGAUGACGUCAGCACCCCAGAUUGGAGCAGCUUGGAUGAAAAAUCUGACAAACAGUAUGCUGAAAAUUACACAAGGCCUUCAUCUCGAAAUUCUGUCUCAGCAACGACCCCUCUAAGUGGGAACUCAUCCAGACGAGGAAGUGGGGACACCAGCAGCUUAAUAGAUCCAGACACCUCAUUAAGUGAAUUACGGGAUAUCUAUGACCUGAAGGACCAGAUUCAGGAUGUAGAAGGGAGAUACAUGCAGGGGCUUAAAGAACUAAAGGAAUCUCUGUCAGAAGUGGAAGAAAAGUACAAGAAAGCCAUGGUUUCCAAUGCACAGUUAGACAAUGAGAAGAACAAUUUGAUCUACCAGGUAGACACCCUCAAGGAUGUCAUUGAAGAACAGGAAGAACAGAUGGCGGAAUUUUAUAGAGAAAAUGAAGAAAAAUCAAAGGAGUUAGAAAGACAGAAACACCUGUGCAGCGUGCUGCAGCACAAGAUGGAGGAACUGAAGGAAGGCCUCCGGCAAAGAGAUGAGCUAAUUGAGGAGAAUCAGCGCGUGCAGCAGAAAAUAGACACCAUGACAAAAGAGGUGUUUGAUCUCCAAGAGACACUUCUUUGGAAAGAUAAAAAAAUUGGGGCUCUAGAGAAACAGAAAGAAUACAUUGCCUGCCUCAGGGAUGAGCGUGAUAUGCUCAGAGAGGAGUUGGCUGAGCUGAAGGAGACGGUGAAGACAGGAGAGAAACAUGGCUUAGUUAUAAUCCCCAAUGGCACUCCCAAUGGAGAUGUCAGUCAUGAACCAGUGGCUGGAGCCAUCACGGUUGUGUCUCAGGAAGCUGCCCAGGUCUUGGAGUCAGCAGGAGAAGGGCCACUAGAUGUAAGGCUACGAAAACUUGCUGGAGAGAAGGAAGAACUACUAUCACAGGUUAGAAAGCUGAAGCUGCAGCUGGAGGAGGAGCAGCAGAAGUUCCCCCGGAGCAGCAGCACGGGGGGCGACCCAGCGGGACUGCAGAACGGCGCAGACUUGCAGCUCAUUGAAAUGCAGAGAGAUGCCAAUAGACAAAUUAGUGAAUACAAAUUUAAGCUUUCAAAAGCAGAACAGGAUAUAACCACCCUGGAGCAAAGUAUUGGCCGGCUGGAGGGACAGGUGCUGAGGUAUAAAACUGCUGCUGAGAACGCUGAAAAAGUUGAAGAUGAACUGAAAGCUGACAAGAGAAAGCUACAACGAGAGCUACGGACAGCGCUGGACAAGAUGGAAGAGAUGGAGAUGACCAACAACCACCUGGCCAAGCGGCUGGAGAAGAUGAAGGCCAAUCGGACGGCACUUCUGGCCCAGCAGUAGGGAGGCCGCUGUGUGACCCGGUGCUGCUCCUGCGGCCCCUGCCCAGAGGGACUGACUUUUUGUCCAUUGACACAAACCCCUUCCAGUACUGUUGAGUUCAGCCAGCAACCUAGCCACCUUUGUAUUUUAUAAUUUAUGAGAGAAUGAAACUGGUUGGAAUCUUCACGAAUGAACACUUUGGAUUUUUUGCUUGUAGUUUGAUUCUAGACUAAGAACUGGUCCGUGCUGUUUUUAUUUUGUUUCUAUAAUUUUAGAGUCACGUUUACUCACCAUUUCCCCCAGCUGCCUCAGUGACGGGGCACUCGGAGGCCUUGGCCUGCUUCUGCAGGACAGCGACUGAGUGCUCGGUGGUACUUGCCGGAGACGCCAGAAAACACAAGUGCCUUCUCCCGCUGCAGUCCUGACUUCAGUGACCUCCAGGGGUCAGAAGACAUUUACCCUCAGUAUCAGACAGCGUUUAUAUUUUAGCGAGGAAGCAAGCUCACGGGUGGGGAAUGUAUGUUUCACUCAAAUUUAUGUUUGGAGGGAAAAGCCUUUUUUGUAAAAUAUUUAAAUUUAUAUAAGAAAAUGUUAGAAAAAAGAUAUGGGGAGUAUAUAUAUGACUUAUUGCAUGGGGUAGGCAAAGUCCAAGGCCUAACACUCUUAGAGAAAGAGUAGGCUCCUUCAAUAUUAACUGUGCUGUACUUCGUAAAGUAUUUCAUCUGCUGCUUAUUUGUGGAAAUAAAUAAUGAAACCUCAGAGAAGCCCGGGGUGGGGGGAGGUAGGCAGGCAGGCAGGUGGGAAAUCUGCCUGGAGACUAUUAAACACACCCUUUUGCUGACCACA